AUGUAUGGAACAUAUGAUCGCUCCAGCCUGUGUGCACACAGACCCUGUAAGGUGGUGUUUGCCUCCGACCUUCAGCUUCUGGUGACCACUGGAUCCUCCUACUGGAACCAGAGACAGAUCGCCGUCUGGGACUCAGAGGAUCUCACUGCACCAUUGUGGGAGGAGGAUUUAGAUGGAGAGUCUGGAGUUCUCUUCCCCUUCUAUGACCCUGAUACACACAUGAUCUUUCUGGCAGGAAAGGGUGAUGGGAAUACCCGCUUCUUUGACUUGAGCUCUGACAAGCCGUACCUGCACUACCUGGCUGAUUACCGAUCACCAUUGCCACAGAGAAGCAUGGCGGUGAUGCCAAAGCGUGGCCUAGAUGUGAGUGUGUGUGAGGUGUUCCGCUUCUAUCGUCUGGUGGGAGUAAAAGACCUGCUGGAGCCCCUCUCUCUUAUCGUCCCCCGCAGGUCUGAAGGCUUCCAGGAGGAUCUAUACCCUCCUACCGCAGCAAAUGAGCCUGCUGUAACUGCUGCAGAGUGGGUCGAGGGACACACAAGAGGUAGGGGUACGCACACACACACGCACCAGUGA